CUACGUUGCACACUGCGCGCGCGCAUUGUCACGGACGCUCGUACCACGAUCAUACCGGCGUUAUUAAAAUCUACCGGUGUUCCCACUGUGCGUGUUAUCAUUAGUGGAUUUACCAUUCGGCGGCCAGUCGGCACAAGCGAGAGCUCAUCACCAUGCCGGGUUCGCCAUUAACAGAAUUGUAUCUCAAGAAAAAGAUGACAGCGAUGCACGAAGAUGACGUCCCCAUGCUAUCCUCAAACUCGAUGAAGCCACAGAAUAGGACUCAUGAAUGGCAAAUUGUAUGGAGAAAUGUGUUUGCAUUCAUCUACAUGCACGUGGCAGCCAUUUAUGGGUUCUACCUUAUGUUCACUGGACAAGUUCGGAUUUGGACCGUACUCUUCGCUGUCGCUUUCGCUGUAAUGGCUGCGAUGGGAGUAACGGCGGGCGCGCAUAGGCUGUGGGCACACCGAGCGUACAAGGCGAGGUGGCCGCUCAGAUUGUUCCUCGCCGUUUUGCAGACCAUGGCCUUCCAAAACCACAUCUACGAAUGGGUGCGCGACCACAGGGUUCACCACAAAUUCACGGAGACAGACGCGGACCCGCACAACGCUCGCCGAGGCUUCUUCUUCUCCCACAUCGGCUGGCUGAUGCUCCGCAAGCACAAAGAGGUCUUCGAGAAGGGCGCCACUGUCGACAUGUCUGACCUCGAGAAAGAUCCCAUUGUCAUGUUCCAAAAAAAAACGUACCUUUUCGUUAUGCCGCUGAUAUGUUUCGUGGUACCCGCGGGGAUACCCGUCUACUUCUGGGGGGAAGACCCCUGGACAUCGUGGUAUGCGGCGGCCAUCGCUCGCUACACCCUCACUCUUCACUUCACGUGGCUCGUCAACUCAGCCGCACAUAUUUGGGGCAAUAGGCCUUAUGACAAGUACAUCGGAGCCACCGACAACAAGGCAGUGGCGAUUUGUGCCUUCGGAGAGGGCUGGCAUAACUACCACCACGUGUUCCCCUGGGACUACAAGGCGGCCGAGCUGGGCAACUACAGCACCAACAUGUCAACUGCCCUCAUUGACUUUGCUGCCAAAUACGGUCUGGCAUACGACUUAAAGACUGUGUCAGCUGAGAUGAUUCAGAAACGAGCAGCCAGGACAGGAGACGGCAGCCACCCGUCAGUGAAGGAGUCUUCUGCUUUAGCCCACGACGACCACCAUCACCCUGAGAAUCCCGUGUGGGGUUGGGACGACCAGGAUUUGACCGAAGAGGACAGAAAACUGGCGGAAAUCGCUCAUAGAAAAUCUGACUAAAUCUUGAGCAAAAUCUCCAUUCUGGUCCACAAAAAUAAUAAUCAAUUACGAAACUAAUAAUAUUUUAUAUAAAAUACGAAUUUAAGUAUUUACCUGACAUAUUCUGGAACGCAUAUGUAUACCGGGUGAAGUCAGUCAGACAACUAACAAAUCAAGAUUUUCGUUGCAUCCGAGUUAUAAUAAUGAUUCCCAAAAGAAAUUGUUAUUAUUUUUUAAAAUAUUUCUAUUAAGUAGUCUCUGGAAGACCUUCGUUAGGUAUUCAAAAUAUAUCUGAUAACAAAAGAAGUUUCAUAACACCUUGCGAUUUGUGUGAAAAACAAAAUAGUCUGCUGAUAUUGCUAUGAGCUAUUGUGUUUUCAAAUUAUGAUAUUUAUAGGCAAUAUUGUGCCUGUCAUGCUCAAUUAGAAUUCGAAAAAUUAUUUUGAUAAUGCACAAAAUAAUUUUAAUUGGUUGAAAAAUCUAAGAAUUACGUGUACGUUGAAAUAGGAUAAUAAUUUCUAAAUAAAUACUUAGAUUGCUGCUGAUCCUCAUAUUAUGCCUAUACUAGCUGUGAAAUUGUACAAAAAAUACAUAGUUGGCAAAACAAUUAAUACUUGUUUUGCUGACUAUAUUCUGUAACAUUGUAGCUAACAUCACUCGUAUAGGUUUCAUGUAUAUUUUUGCCAUGAGAUUGUUCGCAGAGCCUAUGGAAAGUAUGAUUGUUUUCGGCAUUUUGUAGCUUAAGGUAUUUUGUUAUGUGAUAUUGGUCUUGUAGAUAUUUAUCGGUGACUGUUAGUUUAAAAAAAUAACUUAUUCCAUUGAUAUUUUUUAUUAUGGGCUUAUUAACAAUAAUCUAUAAUUUACAAUUUAAAUUUUUUUUAGUAAAUAGCAAGGAUUCAUUUGUCUGUGUAUAAAAUGGAUAGAUAGAUUUAAUAUUUAUUUUUGAAUCGCUCAAAUUAAGUGUGGUAAUAGGCCCUUAGUAAAUAUUUAGUGUACUUAGUACACACUUGUUUCAGUGUGGAUUUAGGUAAGGUUUAUUUAUUUUUAGACGAUGAAAGAAAAUACUGAAUGUUGUAACUUAACAUGUCAUAUUUUGCACUCGCUUGUUUAUUACCCAAUAGCGAAUAAAUGUUGUUUGUAUA